AUGGUUGAAUUUGAUGCAAAAAAGCAAUUGGCAAUUAGCAACAUAGCUCUACUCAUGAUAGAGAUCGUUCUCUUAACAGAAUAUUCUUAUAUGAAUGAACAUCCACAUAGAAAUGAAAGUUUGACUUAUGUGAGAUUCGCAAUUUCUGGAUAGGUUUUUAUGAUGUUAGCAUUUCUUGGAUUGAUUGCAACUUAUCUUUUCACGCAUAGAUUCAUGAAAUUAGCGAUCCUUGGUAGUCUUUGGUUAGGUUUCGUAUUAGUUUUUAUCGGAAUGAUUGUGGGAGUAAAAUACUAUGAAGAUGGCUAUGACACAAUUGCAUCGACUUGGUGGAUUGAGGUGGGAUUGACUAUCCUUGGCUUUUUGAAUUUCCUCAAGGCCUUUAAUAAUGAACCACAACCCAACGAAGGGUAUCAGAGACAAGAAUGAGUGUAUGUAUAUGUAAUAAAUUCUACAUAUUCUAUUUGUUCUA